CCGGCAGCAGAGUUAGCUAUCCACGAAAUUGAAACCAUUGCCCAACAAUCUGUUGCUGAUUGAAAACCCUCCCUCUUCCCCCAAAACUCAAAUCGGAUCGAAAAUGAGCGACGAUUCUAAGACCAGAGGACUCGCGGGCGACCAGCAGAGCCAGCAGUACUACGGCACCUUCCAAGGCGUCGCCAAUUACUACCCUACGGUUCCUCCGCCACCGCCUGAGCCGGUCGUCGGUUUCCCUCAGCCGGUUCCUCCUCCCGGUUCCACUGGCCGCCCUCCCUUGCCUCCCCAUCACCAGCAUCAUCAUCAUCAUCAUCACCAUCGUGGAUACCAAACGGUCACUGGUUAUGCUGUUGUUGAGGGAAGACCUGUGCGGGAACGCCGCCUUCCUUGCUGUGGUAUGGGCAUCGGCUGGUUAUUGUUUAUAAUUGGGUUCUUUCUUGGAGGCAUCCCCUGGUAUGUUGGAACUUUCAUCUUGCUUUGUGUGCGGGUGGACUACAGAGAAAAACCUGGAUAUGUAGCAUGCACAAUAGCUUUCCACCAGUACCAGGUUGUUGGGAGGAAGCUCCCUACGGCAUCUGAUGAACACCCCAAGAUUUACCGAAUGAAGCUCUGGGCCACCAAUGAGGUUCGCGCCAAGUCGAAGUUCUGGUAUUUCCUGAGGAAGCUGAAGAAGGUCAAGAAGAGCAAUGGCCAAGUGCUUGCCAUUAAUGAGAUAUUUGAGAAGAACCCAACUACUAUCAAGAACUAUGGUAUUUGGUUGCGGUAUCAAAGCAGGACAGGUUAUCACAACAUGUACAAGGAGUACCGUGACACAACCCUCAACGGAGCUGUGGAGCAGAUGUACAUUGAGAUGGCAUCUCGCCACAGGGUCAGGUUUCCUUGUAUCCAGAUCAUCAAGACUGCUACCAUCCCGGCCAAACUUUGCAAGAGGGAAAGCACCAAGCAAUUCCACAACUCCAAGAUCAAGUUCCCAUUGGUGUUCAGGAAAGUGAGGCCACCUUCCAGGAAGUUGAAGACUACAUACAAGGCAUCAAGGCCCAACUUGUUUGUGUAACUUGGUCAUUUGAUCAACAAGCUUAAAGGAGGGGUUAGAGUUGGAUCUGUUUCUGAAUCUUGCUUUUUUUUGGAUAUUUAUUUUAUUCGACUAUCUUAGAACAACAAACAGUUGGAGUACCUAUUGGGGUUCUGACGAUCCCUUUUUUGUUUUACUUCAAAAAUCGCUAUCAAUUAUGGAUGUUGCUCUUUUUCUGCACUCAACGUUGAAUGGUACCCUCAAUUUUAUGUUUCUUUUUCUCGA